AAUAACACCAAACGAUUAUUGUCGGAACGAACCGGCGCUGACCGUGGGACUGAAGCGUGGGCGGCCACGUCAGCCCGUAUCGUUGGACAGGUCUCGGCGACGUCGGUAGUGGCUGCCUGGAUGCAUGGGGAAAUUUCGAAAAAAAAAACGCGGCGUGGGUGGCGGGUGGAAAAUGGUCAAUCCUAAUAUACUUAUACAAGCGCGCACACACAUACACACAUGCACACGUACACAGACACGUGUGGCGUGAGGCAGAAAAGGAAAAGAGAUCUUUUCCGCUCGGCUGGACCCCGGGAGCAGAGCAAUUUUAAGCGACAGUGCACCGCGAACGUUCCUUGCUUUAGUUUAUACGAUCUAGUUUCUGGACGGCAAUUCAAAUCCCGCGUGAAAUCUGCGACUUCGGUUUCUUUUAUUUUUUGCUUCGUCAGUAGGGUAACUUUCUGAAGUGGAACAUAUUUUAAACGAACGAACGAAUUACACAAAAUAAAACUAAGUCAAAAUGUUUAAAAAUCACCUAGCGAUGAUUGGCAUGAAUGAAACGCCAAACAAGAAGGCCAGGUUCUGGCAGUCAUACAUCAGAUCCCUUAAAGGAUCCGAUGAUAUACGCGCACACGACACGCCAACCUGGCGGCACCGACCGAUUCUGCUGUUCGACGAACCAGGAACCGCUUCCGGUCGGAUCCACUCUCCCGGCUAUCACUACUUGCCGGUGCACCGGGAGACGUACGGUUACUCGCCUCGGCCAAUCUACGAUCAUCAUUAUCCACGCUCACAACGGGCAUCAAGCGUUGGCAGAUUGGCUGAUGCCGAGAAAGCAUGGGCUGACCACCUGGAAAGGAUGAGAGAUAUUGAUCGCAGAUACCCAUCCCGUUACGGACUGUACCUGCGAGACAAACCCAGUCAGGUUGUGCUGCCACAGGAACUCGAGUACGAACCAGACACAAAACCAUACUUUUCACUACACUAAAUAGUUAGACGUAGAAUGACAGUGAAACACUAUAACAAAUUAUUAAAAAAAAAAUAAAAAUAUGAAAAAAAUAUUAAAAAAAAUGACACAACAUAGUCCACAACCACUCUACAAUGAACACAUAAACAUACACACAACCAUAAACACACAAUCUUUUCCGCUACGGAUAACGAUGUUUUUAUUAAUUCUAAGCAACUGUUGAUUGUAAAAUAAUACUUUAUACAGCCGAAAGAAAGGUUUUCUUUUAAUCAAAUUAUUGAUCGUUCUGAGUCAACGUAACACAAAAUACGAGAUGUAAAACAGUAUGUUAGAACGGUAUUAUUGAUAAAAUUGUAAUUAUUUUAAAAAAAGCAAAUGUCAAAAUCAGAACAAUUAGAGCAAGAAAAAGUAUACAGUAAACUCUACUGAAAGUAAAAACGUGUCAAGAAAAAAACGAAAAUCAAAGCCGAGAAACAACUGCAGCCAUUAUUCCCAGUUAAUUCAAUCAAACUGACACCGACAGGAAUGCCACCGAAAUCAAACAUCAAAUCCCGAUCAUCCAUUCCGCCCGCCUCGGAAUGGGAAAAGUUUCGCGAAAAUAACAACACCAAACGAACGGAACAACAUGCCAGAUAGAAGUCCUGCAGGUAUGGCAAAACAACCAAUUUCAUAUAUCAAAGACCUUAAACGAGCGCUCCCAUAAUAAAGUACAUUACGUGUAUCGCCUUUCGACUCGAACUUUACCCUUACUAGAAGAACAACAACAACACAGCCCUGCGGGUUGGGUGGUCAGGGACGACGAUGCUUUCAUUCUCGGCAUUCCCUCGUUCGGCUGCGUAGCAUAUGUCGAGCACGAGAAGACAAACUGUCACCGUGUGUCGGUCGGCGGAACCGUCCGUUAUGGCGUACCAAGAAGAUGGCCUUUCCGCGUAACACCGGUUAAUGAAUAAUGAAUGUGUAUACGACAGAAAUAAAAAUGCUAAAGCAGUUGAUUCUCGGAAGGUACUACAUAUAGCAAAAGUCAGGGGAAAAACCACGCGAGAACAAAUUGACAAGUUGGGUAAUAAAUGUUACUCAUAUUUCAAA